AUGUUUAACAGGUCCCAUGAUAAAGAUGAUCCAGUGACUUUGAAAAUUAACGGUGUGGACUACACAGUUCCGCCUGAUCUGCCUCUCGAGACGACAUUGAAUUUAUUUCUUGUCAAUCAUGCAAAUCUUCGAGACACGAAAACGAUGUGCCGGGAAGGAGGAUGCGGAUCGUGCAUUGUAUCCGCCCGCUACAGACACGCCAGCACUGGGAAAAUUGUUAGCUCAGCUGUUAAUUCGUGUCUAACUUUUGUUUAUUCUUGUAAUGGAUGGGAAAUUACUACAGUGUCCGGACUCGGUAAUAAAAAAAGUGGUUAUCAUACUUUACAAACGACUUUGGCAAAGUUUAACGGAAGUCAAUGCGGUUAUUGUAGUCCUGGUAUGGUUAUGAAUAUGCACAGCCUAAUGGAAGCAAAUGAAAACUUGACUAUGGCAGAAAUUGAAAAUUCGUUUGGUGGUAAUAUUUGCCGCUGUACUGGAUAUCGGCCAAUUCUGGAUGCGUUUAAAUCAUUGGCUACUGAUGCAGAAUGGUCUAUGUUGAACAAAAUACAGGAUAUUGAGGAUAUUGAUAAAAAGAAACCCUGUCCAAAAACGGGGCUCGAUUGCUCAGGCAUUUGUGCCGAAAAUAUUAAGAAAACAAUCAAAUAUGAAGUGAAUGAUAUUAUCUGGCACAAAGUUUCAUCAAUAAUCAACGUUCUGAGGCUCUUACGAUUAAAUCGAGGAGUUCCCCUCAUGUUAAUAGCUGGCAAUACUUCUCAAGGUGUUUACAGACCAAAAGUAACACCUCAUGUUUAUAUUGACAUCAAUAAUAUUCCUGAGUUGAAACAAUGUUCAGUUGACAAAAAUAUUAUCCUUGGAGCAAAUCUGACUAUAUCAGAAGCUAUGUCAUUUUUGACAGAAGUAUCAGGGAUGGAAGAAUUUAAAUAUGUUCAAGAAAUUGUAGAUCAUUUAGAUUUGGUCGCUAACGUACCUGUGAGAAAUAUGGGCACGCUUGCUGGAAACUUAUCUAUUAAACAUCAACAUAGAGAAUUUCCUUCAGAUCUAUUUGUCAUAUUUGAAGCAGCCGGUGCAUUUAUUAAAAUUGUCAGUACUUUAGCGUCCGAAUCUAUGGUAACUCUAGCAGAUUUUUUGAAUCUUGACAUGAAAAAUAAAAUUAUGGUAAAUAUCUACCUACCGCCAAGAACUGGAAAUUUUGCUUUCAAAACAUAUAAGAUAAUGCCACGUGCUCAAAACUCUCAUGCUUACGUUAAUGCUGGAUUUUUAGUAGAAUUUGAUAAUAGCACAGGCAAUGUUGCAAAUGCCACUAUCGUAUAUGGUGGUAUAAACUCUUCGUUUAUCCAUGCUUCUAAAACCGAAAAUUUUCUUCAGAAUGUUAACAUUUUUGAUAACAAGGUCUUAAGAUCCGCUCUUGAUUGUUUAAGUUCAGAACUGCAUCCAGAUUGGGAGUUGCCAGACGCUUCGCCAGACUAUAGAAAGAGUUUAGCGAUUUCCUUAUUUUAUAAAUUUGUGCUAAAUAUGUGCCCAGAAAAACUGUUAUCCGAAAAAAAUAAAUCAGGGAGAGAAAUUCUAAGACGUAAUUUGUCCCGGGGUGAGCAAACAUUUGAAAGUAAAAAGGAAAUGUGGCCAGUUCAAGAACCGAUACCCAAAAUCGAAGCUUUAUAUCAGUGCGCAGGAGAAGCAGAGUACAUCGCCUAUAUUCCACUUAAGCCGGGGGAAUUAUUUGCUGUUUUCGUCCUAGCCAAAAAACCUCUAACAACCAUUACACAUAUUGAUGCCAAAGACGCAUUGAUUCUGCCCGGUGUAAAAGCGUUCUACUCGGCCAAAGACAUACCUGGUGAAAACAGCUUUGCGUCGCCAAAAAUGCUUCUAAUGAAUGAUCCAGAGGAAGUGUUCUGUGAAAGCGUUGUAAAAUUUUACGGUCAACCAGUAGGUGUUGUUGUGGCCGAAUCUCAGGCGCUGGCAGAACAUGCUGCCAAGCUGGUUCAUAUAGAAUAUGCUCCUACCACCAAUGGAAAAAAGGCUUAUUAUGAUGUCAGGGAUGUUCUGGCCCAUGAUAACACCCCAUCUAGGGUGAAGUUAGAAGAUAGUCAUGAAGCGAAAGAUAAAGGAUCCGAUGUAGCACAUGAAUUUUCUGGUUCUAUGGAUAUGAAUGGUCAAUAUCAUUUUACCAUGGAGACCCAAACGGUUAUUUGUGUUCCAACUGAAGAUGGCAUGGAUGUCUAUCCCUCAAGUCAGGGACCUGAUAAUAUUCAGAUAGCAAUAUCGCAAGUGAUAAAAAUGAAAGAACAUAAAAUCAAUGUUAAAACAAGGCGUGCUGGUGGGGCUUUCGGUAGUAAAAUUUCAAGAAAUAAUCAAGUAUCUGCAGCAUGUGCAGUUGCUGCAUUUCUUUUAAAUACUCCAGUGAGAAUGGUGUUGAGUAUCGAAGAUAAUAUGUAUGCUAUAGGAAAAAGAAAUUGUACAUCUCUGGAUUAUCAGGUUGCUGUGAACAACCAAGGAGUUAUUCAAUAUUUAUCUGCCAGUAUUUACGAAGACUUAGGAUGUUCAUGGAAUGAAAGUGUAGUUUUGUUUGCAACUGAAAUGUUUCAAAACUGUUACGACAACGUCAGAUUUAACUUGGAAGGAUAUGCAGUUUUAACAGAAAAACCGUCAACAACGUGGAUGCGAGCUCCUGGGGCUACUGAAGGUGUAGCAAUGAUAGAAAAUAUUAUGGAACAUAUAGCACAUGUAACAGGAAGAGAUCCUCUUGAUAUUCGAAUUGAAAAUAUGAGAAAGACAGAUAACUUAGUAUAUGAUAUCAUAGAUGAUUUCAGAAAGAAAACAGAUUAUGAUAGACGCAGACACGAGAUUAACGAAUUUAAUGCUAAAAAUCGAUGGCGCAAACGAGGAAUAGCUAUAGUUCCAAUGUAUUUUCCAAUAAUCUACUAUGGAAGAUUGCAAGCUAUGGUUUGCAUUUUUCAUGGAGAUGGAACAGUUGCUGUUAGUCACUCUGGUAUCGAAUGUGGACAAGGCAUCAACACUAAAGUAGCCCAAGUUUGUGCUUAUACAUUAGGCGUAGAGUUAGAUUUAGUUUCUAUAAAACCAAACAGUAAUAUGGAGUCACCAAAUUCAAUGAUUACAGGAGGAUCGGUUACUAGCGAAUCUUGUUGUCUGGCUACCAUUGAAGCUUGUAAGAUAUUACUAGAACGGCUGAAACCAAUCAAAGAAAAGUUAGGUGGAAAUCCAAAGUGGACUGAUUUAAUUGACGAAGCUCAUAAGGAGAUGGUAGAGUUGCAAGCUGUGUAUUCGCAUAAGCCAGAUGUGGUAAAUAAAUCCUAUGAUGUAGCCGGAUUGUCGGCUUGUGAGGUUGAAGUAGAUUUACUUACUGGCAAUGUAUUAUUGCAAAGAGUAGAUAUAAGGGAAGAAACCGGAGAAAGUAUAAGUCCUGAAAUCGACGUUGGCCAGGUGGAGGGAGCCUUUGUGAUGGCUUUAGGACACUGGUUGACCGAAAAAUUAAUUUACGAUAAAACCACUGGAGAACUGAAAACUAAUAGAACAUGGAAUUAUAAACCGCCUGGAGCUAAGGAUAUACCAGUGGAUUUUCGUGUAGAAUUUACGACUAAUAAAAAAAAUCCAAAAGGUGUAUUAAGAUCUAAAGCUACUGGAGAACCACCAGCCACUAUGGGUUUCGUAGCAGUGUGCGCCAUAAGGCACGCCUUGCAAUCAGCCAGAACUGAUGCGAAUGGAGGAAAAACUGACAAAUGGUUUCCAUUAGGUGCUCCGACUACUCCAGAAGAUAUAUUACUUCAUGCAAAUAUUGAUUAUCAGAAAUUCACAAUCUAA